UAGGAAGUGGGUUGCGAUGUCCUUUUGUGUCCUACAGCCGGAGCGAGGAGCGAGCGCGCAGCCCCAGCCCAUGGCCCGGCCGGUCCCCGGCGCGCGGGGCCACUGAGCUGCCCCGCUCGGACACAGCUGCGACCCCGCCGCCGCCAGCGCUUCCUGCAGCUCCCAGCCCUCGCCUUGCGACCAAGCCCUCUCCAGCCAUGUCAUCCCGGGAACGCCGGGCAGAGUUCUUCAUCAAAACGGAGCCGGCCUCCCCAGACAGCCUCGCCCAGCACAGCCCCAGCGGGUCUUCCGACACCAGCGCCAGCGGGGCCCCACAAGAGCUCGAGACCGCUGGGGCGCUGCCUGCCGGGACGGGGGCCUCCCGGCGACGCCAUGAUGACGACCCGGACGAGCCCCCGGGGCGGGGGAAGUACAUGCUGAGCGCCAUGCCCAAGCGGCUGUGCUUGGUGUGCGGGGACGUUGCCUCAGGGUACCACUAUGGCGUGGCCUCCUGCGAAGCCUGCAAGGCGUUCUUCAAGAGGACUAUCCAAGGCAGCAUUGAGUAUAGCUGUCCGGCCACCAACGAAUGCGAGAUCACGAAGCGGCGCCGGAAAGCUUGCCAGGCCUGCCGUUUCACCAAGUGCCUGCGCGUGGGCAUGCUCAAGGAAGGGGUACGUCUCGACAGGGUGCGAGGAGGGCGUCAGAAGUACAAGCGCCGGCCUGAGGUGGAGGGUGCCGCUUACCCCAGCGCAUUCGUCACCCCUCAGAUUGCUACGGCGACCACCAAGAAACCAGCUCCAAUGAACACAAUGGUGUCGCACUUGCUGGUGGCGGAGCCUGAGAAGCUGUACGCCAUGCCCGACCCCGCACUUCCUGACAGUCCCGCCAAAGCAGCGAGCACUUUGUGCGAUUUGGCUGACCGGGAGAUCGUGGUCAUCAUCGGCUGGGCCAAAAACAUACCAGGAUUUCCGGCGCUGUCCUUGGCGGACCAGAUGUCUGUACUGCAGAGCGUGUGGUUGGAGGUCUUGCUGCUGGGGGUGGCCUGGCGUUCGUUGCCCUGCGAGGACGAGAUUGUCUUCGCGGAGGACUUUGCUCUGGACGAGGAGGCAGCAAGGGCGGCGGGGCUCCUGGAGCUGAGCGGGGUGGUCCUGCAGCUUGUGCGCAAGUACCGGGCCCUGCGCCUGGAGCGAGAGGAAUAUGUGCUUCUCAAGGCCUUGGCGCUUGCCAACUCAGACUCGGUGCAUAUUGAGGACAUGGCAGCCGUGCAGCGGCUCCGGGACGUGCUACACGAGGCCCUGCUGGAAUACGAAGCGUCGAGGCGCCCCGAGGAGCCCCGCCGGGCCGGCCGCCUCCUCCUCACGCUGCCCCUCCUGCGCCAGACAGCCACCCGCGUCCUCCACCACUUCUACAGCCUCAAACUGGAGGGCAAGGUCCCCAUGCAUAAGCUUUUCCUGGAGAUGCUGGAAGCAAUGAUGGACUGAAAACGGGGAGGCUGGGAGGGGAGGCCGGGGGACAGGAUUUGGGGAGGGGAGCAAAGUACAGACGGACUGGUUAUGGGGGGUGUUAUUGGGGGGCGUGCGUGCAGAAAUGGAACGGGGGCUGAAAGUCCGGCUUGGGUUUCCCCCUCCCACACAAUCCCCCCUCCCUCCCAGAACCGCCGCUCGUCUGCCUCAUGUUUUUAAAAAAACGCAUUUCAAUGUAUGCAAAUGUGGUAGCUGCCCAUUGCUUUGCACUGAGGCUGACUUUUUUUCUUUUCUGAAGAGAACGGACCCCAUGGGGGAGGCAGAGAAGUUUUUUUAAAAAGAAAAAACAAAAAACACCAGCCCUUCUGGAUGCCAGAGGUUAGGCUGCCGCAACGUGGGGCAGGGAGAAAGGGAGACAGAGAAAUUUUUGACAUUCACACUGGAAGCCAUACUUUUAAUUUUUAAUUUAUUAACUUGGGGAAGGGCGGGGUGGUGGGGUGGGUAAUAGCCACUGUAGCUCUAGCCUGGAAGCCAUAUUGCAUUUGCGAGGCAUGGAGGGGGGAGAGGAAGGGUAGCUGUUGGGAAGGGUUGUGUGUGUGUGUGUGUGUGUGUGUGUGUGUGUGUGUGUGUGUGUGUGUGCACCUGUGUGUGUGUGUGUGUGUGUUGGAGGGAGGGUCGGAGAAUUGUUUCUUCUUGUCCCAGGAUGCAGCUACAGGAUAGCACAGGAUGGAGAGCAGAGACAGCCGGUUCGCGGCCUCUUUCCUACACCACUCAAACGCCAUCUUGGUUUUGCCCCUGGGCUGGGCCCAGCCAAAUGCACCUUAAUGAGAGUGAGAGUGUCGAAACCAUAGAUCCACAGCUCUCCAGAAAUAAGAAGGGAGACAGAUUUGGGGAGGGGAAGGAAGACCCACAACACUUUUCUUUUCUUUUUGACCUUUUUUUUCUGCCUCCUUAGUACCGAGUCUCUCAGGGGACGAUAGUCCGCCCCUCGCUUCUCUUUCCCUCACAAAGACCCACCCUCCCUCUGGGAAUGUUGCAUUAUCACUUAUAAGCAAUAAUAAUAUUAAUAAUAAUAAUUUAAAAACUUGGGGGAGGGUCCCCAUGAUGCAGGGGGGGGAGAGGAGGUUGUGUCUUAUGUCGUUUCUGCUUUGCAUGGAGUCUGCCUUAAAAAAAAUUGGGGAAAGGGGCGUGUUUGAGUGUGCGGCUGCAGUGGUGGGAGUCCAGCCCCCCCCCUCCCCGCUCCUCCUCUGCAGAAGGGAAAAGGCAGGGCCUUUCACGCUCCAUCCAAAGUUCUUUCACUUAAUUCCCUUGUAGCAAUAGUUAAAAAGGCAAUUUGUGCUUUUUUAUUUUCAGGUGUGAUUUCAUAUCAACCCCACUCCCACAACUCCCCUCACACUACGAGGCUAAGCAGCUAGUCCCUCCCUGCGUCUCCAUUAAGCCAACCCCAUCUUACACCCAAAGCAAUAAAUAAAACCUCUUCCCCGCCUCUCCUUAACUCCCUUUUGACCCGCCAAACCAGGGGGGUGGGGAAGCUACGUUGGCCCACCAGCUGUUGGGACUACAACUCCCAUGGGCCACGCUGGCUGCAGGGGCUGAUGGGAGUUGGAGUCCAACAACACUUGCGGUGUCCUGCAGCUUCCCUGUUCCUGCUCUAACUUAAACCAAGGAGGGAGGCUGCAUGGCCUGUAGCUGAGAGCCGUGUACAUAGCAAUAUAUUUUACUGUAUAUUUGUUGCAGGAAAAAGAAAUCUACCCCAUUUCUGGCUUGCUUCCUUUCCCUCCCACACACACGGAAGGGAGGUGGGGCUGCAGCCUCCCUUGCCCUGGUUGGGGGGGAGGGGAGAGGAGAAGCUGGAGAAUUUUUUUUUUGUAUUAAAUUAUGUGUGUGUACAUAUUAUAAAUACCUCUGAUUUGUGUAUAGGCGGCUACACAUACACAUUCAUAGAGAGCUCUAUUACUGAACAAAUUAAAAAAGGCCAUUGCGGCCUGACAGUCA